AUGGAGACUGGACAGUGGAGCAGAAAUACUGGCCCAGAAGAGCUCCUUGAAAGUGUAUACCCUGGACCUUUGGUGUUUACCGGCUCCUCAGAAGAGGAUGUGGCUUUGGCCAAACAGUUCUGGGUUUCAGCGACCAUGCAUCCGCAUCCUGAGUCUCGAUUAGUGUCAAACAGCAUCCACCAGCGAUUGCCAGUAGCUCGAGCUACUGGGCCCACUGUGGCUGAAAGAAGCUUCAACACUGAGGAUUACAAAACUGAACAGCUUCUUGAAAAAAGCAGAAAGGCUCAGGAAGCUGAGGAAAAAGCAAGGUACCUCCAAAAGGCCAAGAAAAGAGAAGAGAUUCUUGAUCUGUUAAGAAAACAAAGAGAAGAAAGAAUAGAGAAAGAACUGGUUUCUCUUCUUCAUAAGCCAAAGGUCAAAGUACCCCAAACAAAGAAAGUGCUCACGAACUCUGAAAGAAAGGACCUAGAAGAAGUGAGAGCCUUGGGUCAACUUAAUUGAAGGUGAAGGAAAGUAAUUUCACUUUUGAAAUUGCACCCUGCCACACCAUAGCACCUCUUCAUCAGCUUCUUUUUUAUUGUUUUGCAUUCAAAGGCCAAUGAAA